CCAUCAUUCCCUGUGAGCUCUCAACCUGCCAUGGGGAAGGGGGAAGUGACUGGUUAAUGGGGGGAUGUGUGAGGAUCUGACAGCAUAUAGUAGGUGCUCAACAAACGCUCGUGGAGAAAAGGAAGAGAAGGAAGGAGGGAGGGAGAAGGUAGCUGAAUAAGUAAGUGCAUAAGCAGAUUGCCACAUAGAAGGAUGGGCAUGUCCAUGCAUGCGGAAAGGAGGGGUGGGUGGAGGAGUGGGAUACUGAGAAGAUGGCUCUGGGUGUUACAGCUAACAGAGGAGUCAGAAGCUCUGUAAUCACCAACUAUCCCGUUUGACAAGUGAAAAGACAAAGGGGCUGACGAGAAAGAAAGCUGCUGGGUCUGUGGGACAGGCCUUUGACCAGCAGCCUCUGGUCCCCUACUGCUCCCUCUGUCUAGCCCCUCAUCACCCUCUUUCUUCUGCUGGGAUGGGGGACGGUUCUGGGAAGAAGUCUGUUUCUCCACCCCCUUGCUCAUCUAGGCCCAGUUCCCGCCAGGCCUUGGUGUUAGGGGUGUUAGGGAGGGGGUGGCCCCCGCAGGGGCUAUUUCAGUCAGAGACAGUCCUUCCUGGAAACAAAGGAAGCUGCCCGCCCUGUCGCCCUGUCGGAGAUGUCAUAGCCUGGACUGAGGGCAGGAAGGUGGGGAGCCUCGUGUCUGGCUUCUCCUUGCCCCAACACACUUGGGCCACCAAGGCGCUUCGGGACAGGAGGCAUCUCGGGGACAGGAGGCUGCAUAUAAGAAAACUGCAGCCAAAAGAAGGACCAUGGCUUUAAAAGGUGGAGUCCAGGCCGAAGAGGUGGGCGCUGUCCUUGGUCAGCUCACGAUGUAGGAAGCCUGGUCAGGCAGCCAUGGAGAGGCACAAUGGCACAAACCAGGCUCUGGACUCACCACCCACAACCUGUGUCUUCCGAGAGAACUUCAAGCAACUGCUGCUGCCACCUGUGUACUCGGUGGUGCUGGCAGCCGGCCUGCCACUGAAUGCCUGUGUCAUUGCCCAGAUUUGCACAUCCCGCCGGGCCCUGACCCGCACGGCUGUGUACACCCUGAACCUGGCCCUAGCUGAUCUGCUGUAUGCCUGCUCCCUGCCCCUGCUCAUCUACAACUACGCCCAAGGUGACCACUGGCCCUUUGGCGACCUCACCUGCCGCCUGGUCCGCUUCGUCUUCUAUGCCAACCUACAUGGCAGCAUCCUCUUCCUCACCUGCAUCAGCUUCCAACGCUACCUGGGUAUCUGCCACCCUCUGGCUGCCUGGCACAAGCGUGGGGGCCGCCGGACUGCCUGGGUAGUAUGUGGGGCUGUGUGGCUGGCCGUGACAACCCAAUGCCUGCCCACAGCCUUCUUUGCCUCCACAGGCAUCCAGCGUAACCGUACCGUCUGCUACGACCUGAGCCCACCAGCCCUGUCCACUCGCUACUUGCCCUAUGGCAUGGCCCUCACCGUCAUCGGCUUCCUGCUGCCCUUUGCUGCCCUGCUGGCCUGCUACUGCUGCCUGGCCCGCCGUUUGUGCCGCCAGGAUGGCCCAGCAGGGCCUGUGGCCCAGGAGCGGCGUGGCAAGGCAGCACGCAUGGCUGUGGUGGUGGCAGCCGCCUUUGCCAUUAGCUUCCUACCUUUCCAUGUCACCAAGACGGCUUACCUGGCAGUGCGCUCCACUCCCGGUGUCCCCUGCCCUGUGAUGGAGGCCUUUGCUGCCGCCUACAAAGGCACACGGCCCUUUGCUAGUGCCAACAGUGUGCUAGAUCCCAUCCUCUUUUAUUUCACCCAGAAGAAGUUCCGCCGGCGGCCACAUGAACUGCUACAGAAACUCACAGCUAAGUGGCAACGGCAGGGUCGCUGAGUCCACUGGGGCAGGACACGGGCCUGGACUGCCAUUGCGUUUGCCAUUGUGGCUGAGGCACCAGAAGCUUCACCAACCCUAAACCAUGCAGAGAAUUAGGAGCUUAGCUCAGCUGUGCAUGGAGUGAGGUCUCCCAUAGUCCCCAAACUCUCACCAACUAUUUAUUGAUCCCUUUCACUGAACCAGGCUCUGUGGACACAGACAAGCCUGGGCCUGGCUCUCCAGAAGGCCCCAGUCAGCCAUGGAAGAGUUGGAGAAACCAUGUUAAGCUGCUUACAAAAAUAUAGUGUGACAUGUACUAUAA